AUGACAGCUGCGGCGGGUGUGCUCACCGGACUGGCCAAGCUGAAACGCCAGGAUUCCUGCCGCUCUCAGCACAGACCACUCUCCGCAGCUUUGGGCGGCCCUGCUCCCGAGUCGGCACCAAGAAAGAGGAAACGCAGAACAGAUGUGGUGAUAGUUCGGGGACGACUCCGACUGUACUCUGCCUCCGGGUUUUUUUUGCUUUUGGGACUGGUGAUUUUGGCCGCUGGGAUUGGCAUGGCAACGCUUGGUUACUGGCCGCACGGAGACAGAGCGAACACAGCCAAAACUUGGUCAGGAGGAAGGACCAAGCCCGAGGGGAGCCCAACAUCUGCGACGCAAUAUGAAAUAAAAACCAAUGUGUCGGAAGGAGCUGGAUCCAACUCAAGCAUGCGGGAACAUGGAGAAUCUUCUGAAGAGGCAGCGAGUCUUCUGAAACACUUCUUGGAGCAACAUCGUCACUCAGAGAGGAUGAAGAUGUUUGGACCCUUCACCAUGGGCAUUGGGAUCUUUAUUUUCAUUUGCGCAAAUGCCAUCCUCCAUGAAAACAGGGACAGGGAAACAAAGAUCAUCCACAUGAGGGACAUGUACUCCACAGUCAUCGACAUCCACCGCCUGCGGCAGAAAGAGCAGAAGCAGCAGCUGCACCGAAACAGUGUCUAUGCGCGAGAGGCCUUCAGCGACAACAUCAGCCUGGCUCGCAACUCGCUCCUGGGCUUUGCGUCUCGCUCAGCGGCAGGGUCGGCAGAGGAGGAGGAAGGGCUGCUGGGGGAGGAGGAUCAGGCCAAACUGGACUGUAGUUUCGCUGGACUUCUAGCUCCGCUCUACAAGGACCGGCCCUUUUAUCACCCAGGGCUAGGGCACGCCGACUCAGUGCGGCAUCAUUGGUCGAUGGACGGAGACGGGGAGAGGGGAGGACACCACGCGCGUUCCAUCGUCACCUCGUCCAUCUCCGCCUUCACGUUGCCAGUGAUCAAACUCAACAACUGUGUCAUUGACGAGCCAGAGAUGGAGGCAAUCACUGAGGAGGACCGAGCAGAACGCGGGGAUGAGCGCUUGCAUGCUUUUGCCUCCAUGGAGUCUCUAGCUGUCCCUGUUGCCACGGUCGCAAAGGCAUCCAAACUUCCCGGCCUGCAUCGAAGCAACUCGGCCACCUCUUCUUCAGCCUCCACCCUGUCCCCUGCCCCGUCCUCUACCUCAGGCUGCUGGCUUUCUCCUGGAGUGGCACGCAGCGAUUUCGGCUCAAACUCCUCUCUGCACAUGCUCAGUAGCCACUCCAAAUCACUGGACUUGGAGCGCAGACCAAGCUUGCUCAGUGUGCACCAAGAGCAGAGGAAGCACCCGAGCUGGCCGCGCCUUGACCGUAGCAACAGCACCCGCAGCAGCAGCAGCACCCCCAGAGGCAGCAAUAAGGGUUACUCACGAUUGGACAACAGGGAGGACCUCGGCGAGUGCUUGUUAGACAUUUCGGCGGCCUCAGCAGCGCGUCGUGACUACAGCAAACGAGAAAAACUGCUCAUGAUAUCCAGGUCACAUAAUAAUCUAAGCUUUGAACACGAUGAAUUCAACAACAGUAAACUAAAGCGGGGCAGCUCUGAGACUCGAUUCUGA